AAGAGAACAGAGAGCCGGUAAAGAGAGGGCAAAGAGCUGCCCCACAGGAGCAUGCAGAACGUUACUAGUGCUUUAAGAGUAUUUUGGAACUCAAAAGACUGGGAUAAGGAAAAAUCAACAUUUGAUUCAGCGGAAGAUACUUCAUUUCUACUUAAAAAGAAAAGGAGUUUUCGAAAGAAAGAGGCAAAGCUACCAGGACUCAGUGCCGCAGCCCUGCUGCCUGGAGGAAUCACCUUUCCCUGUUCUGUAUGCAGGCAGGAAAUUGAAAUCGCUGGCGCUUUCCGGCACAAACAGCAACAAGCUCUCGCCACCUUGGGGCUCCAGUGGCUGGGAGUGAAGAAGCAGCCACCCUUUAUGUUUGUUGAGCAGAGACAGGUUUUAAUUGCUAACCUGUUGUCCUCCUUUAUGCUCAAUGAGAAAGUCCUACAAAGCAUUAAUAAUGCUUUUGAGCUACUUCGGAACAAGCAAAUACCAGUGCAUUCUAAGAUUUUUUUUUUUUUAACAUUUAUUUAUUUAUUUAUUGUGUGUCCAUCUCUCCAGCCCGAAGAUAGGAAUUCUACAGAGAAAACCAACAUGAAUGAUAAAUUCAUGAUAAUAAAUAAUUUUGGCAACAAACCCAAUGUGUGUUUUUUCGGUUUGUUGGACAGACAUCAGGGUACAUUGGCAGCAGACUUGACAUCCGCAGAACUCCCGCUUUUGCUUCUCCACCAAUUGUCUACGUCUGAUCCUUCUUACCAAAUGACCCCAGCACAGCAACAAGUAAUCAGCGCCUUCGCUAGCAUCUUUAGAGAGGACUACACAGCAAUAGAAGACCUCUUCUCUUCUACAAAAACAAAUGCCAGCGCGCAGAAGUGUAAUUAUGAGGAUAUACAUAAGGCCUUUGCCAAAGCAUGCUGGAGGAUGGACAGACUCUUACGCCUUGGAAGAGAAGAAAGCUCCAGGGUUCUAUGGAGUGGCUGCUCUGUAGUUACUUGUAUACUGGAAGGCAGAAUUAAAUAUCCUUAUGCCAAUAUGAACUGGAGAAAACUCAACAGCAGCGAUAAAUUGGCAGACGGCCUCCCAUCCCAGAUGGUGCCACAAAUAAUUUCUGGAAUAUUACAUGUCGCAAACACUGGUAAUGUGCAAGCAGUCUUAUGCAGAAAUGGAAAAGGAUUUUGUCUCACCAAAGAACAUACUACAGAAAACACUAGUGAAAGAAGAAGGCUACUUCAGAAUGGAGCACUAAUUUCUUCAAAUGAACCGUAUGGGCUCUUAGAAGGGCACACUAAAACAAGAGGACUUGGAUUUCAUGGAGAUCUCAAACUAAAACGAUAUAUUAUUCCAGCACCUGAAACUAUUUCUGUCCCUAUAGAUGACUUACGUUAAUUCCUUAUCUUAGCUACUAAUGGACUUUGGGAAGUUAUGGAUAAAGAGGAAGUCAUAGCACUGACAAUAACACUGUUUCAGAUUUAUAAGGAAACCAGCUCUAUCACACAAAACAAAUCACCACACAUGCAGCCUCUGUAUCUUUCAAUCAGUGACACAAGCAUUACUGAAUCAGAAAAUAAUAUUCACGUACUAUUUCAAAAUAAUCCCAAAUCUAAAGAGUAUGUGUCAACUAUAAAUUUAAAGUAAAUACUGUCUGAUUCAAAAUAUUCUGAACAUUAUGUUUACGACUCUAAAAAUAUAGAGACAUUUCCACUACCAAUGACUAAUCAUGAACCUUACAGAGAAAAGGAAACUGACAGACCAACCAGUGCAGACAAUGCACAAACAAGCGAAAACUCACCAUAUGCUAAGAAUUUCUUUGAACGUGCAGCUGAGUAUAUUAGCCAUGAACUUGUAAAUGCUGCUCUGGAGGCUGGUUCCCGAGACAAAGUUACAGUUAUGGUAAUAUUUCUUAAUGGAAGUGAGUAUCAGUUGCUGAUAUAAAAAAUUAAGUUCCAAAGAACCAAAGUUUAUUGCCACAAAGACAGCUCCUCAAUGAACUCAGUGUCAGGAUGGCACAUCAAUACCAUGGGAAGUAAUUUCUCAGAUCAUAGUAAAGAAAGUAUAAAUGCAGAUUUGAGGUUAUGUAUGCUCACUGUUUUGUGUCAAAAAAGAAAAAAAAAACACUAUUUGCUUUUUUACCACUUUAUUCCAACCUGAGCACCUCAAUAUAAAACUAAACACUGGUGAACUGUUUUCUCUGCUAACUGUGAAUUACUGUAAAAUGUACAAGAGGUCUGCUAAGAGUUUGACGCUUAAAUAGAUUGAAUCAUCUGACACAUGGUAGAUUUCAUAUAAUGAAAAUACCUAAAAAUUAGUGCAAUAUACGGAACUCAUCAAAAUAAAGAGGACUUUGAAAAACAAGGCUGCAAGAUUGUUACUAACAUUGUAAUAUUUAUGUUACAAAUUACAGAUACAUUGUUUAUUAUGGUUCUAGCC